AUGGAGAAAUCACUGAUUUACGUAGAAUUGACAGAGGGUGUUUAUGUUCCGUCGAGGUGGCCUCUGAGUAACAUAAAGAUGUUAGUGAUCGCUUUGGCAAGAAAAAUCAUUAAAGAAAACCAGAAUGUCUUCUCUAUUUUGCGAAUAAACGGCAUAUCUGCUAAAUUAAUUACAUAGAAGAACAAAAGUGAUGACAUGCAUAUGUUUGAGGAAGUCUCUGGAACGUAAGUCCUGAUAAGACGCUAAUAGUAAAAAAUAAUGACGUAUUGCAAAUCAAUAUAAUUUUUCCAUUUUCUUUUCUAAUUCAGAGAGACAAUAGAUGCGCAUACUUACGAAAUAGUGUUACCGAAGGACGAAGCGAGCAUCCGACGGAAAAGACUCAGCGGAAAUAGCCUUGGUGACAAAUCCUGGCCAGAUUACGUGGUCAGUGUAUCGACGAAGAGUAAUAAGAUAUCAUAUUACUUGAUGCCUUCGCAUGUAGAGUAA